AAAUAAUAAUAAGAAAAACAAUCACACUACUACUGGUUUCUCACCUGUUUUCGAUACUACCAAAGCUACCCAACGGCCCUCUCAAAGACAUUUCUUCCUUGUUUUGAUCGAAACCCCCUUCUGUCUUCCAACUUAUAUAUACAUAUAUAUCUAUACAUACACUGAAACUCCAUAGCCAAAAAAGACUAGUACAUUUUUCUCUGAUCUGAAAGGUCUGUGAUCAAAUUAUUGAAAUGGCAACUACUACUCCUAAUAUGCAUAUUGCUAUAGCAAGAACCCCCACCUUUUCUUCUCGUGAUGUUUCAAAACCAAGCAUUGCAGUUUUCAGUAGCGACGUUAAGGGGGUGUCAUGUGCAAAGCUUAAAAGCUCAUGUCAUGUCUCUUCUACACAUUUAUUAUCUCAAAAAGUCAAAUCCAGUCCUUUGAGAUUUGAAAGGAUGGUCACAAAAGCCAUGUCGGAUUCGAGUGACACAAAACCUCUUCCGGGGUUGCCUGUUGAUCUAAGAGGAAAGAGGGCAUUCAUUGCUGGUAUAGCUGAUGAUAACGGAUAUGGUUGGGCCAUAGCAAAAUCUCUAGCUGCUGCUGGUGCCGAGAUUCUUGUUGGCACAUGGGUCCCAGCACUCAACAUAUUUGAGAGUAGUCUUCGUAGGGGAAAGUUCGAUGAAUCACGUGUUUUGCCAGAUGGAUCUUUGAUGGAAAUUACUAAAGUUUACCCGUUAGAUGCCGUUUAUGACACUCCUGAAGAUGUUCCUGAGGAUGUCAAAACUAACAAGCGCUAUGCGGGGGCCACAAAGUGGACUGUCAAGGAAGUAGCCGAAUCUGUAAAAGAGGACUUUGGCAGCAUUGACAUCCUUGUUCAUUCAUUAGCCAAUGGACCUGAGGUUACCAAACCUCUCUUAGAAACAUCAAGGUACGGGUAUCUUACGGCAAUCUCUGCAUCAAGCUAUUCUUAUGUAUCCUUGCUCCAGCAUUUUGUUCCAAUAAUGAACCCAGGUGGUGCUUCAAUAUCUCUGACGUACAUUGCUUCCGAAAGGAUCAUACCAGGAUAUGGUGGAGGUAUGAGCUCUGCCAAGGCUGCUUUGGAGAGUGACACAAAGGUGCUGGCAUUUGAAGCGGGAAGAAAACAUAGAAUCAGAGUGAACACAAUAUCCGCAGGACCACUAAGAAGUCGUGCUGCCAAGGCAAUCGGUUUUAUUGAUAUGAUGAUUGAUUAUUCAUCAGAGAAUGCGCCGUUGCAGAAGGAAUUAUCAGCAGAGGAGGUAGGAAAUGCUGCUGCUUUCCUGGCAUCACCACUGGCUUCUGCUAUCACCGGGACAGUUUUGUAUGUAGACAAUGGGUUGAAUGCAAUGGGAGUUGGAGUUGACAGCCCAGUUUUUAAGGAUCUCAACAUCCCAAGAGAUAACAAAAGUUAAGGUAGUGAGCAAGCACAACAUUGUUGUGAUUUUUCGAAUAAAUCUGUAAUCGUCUUUGUUUGAAUAGCUUAGUUUGGCUUUUACUGUAAUUUGUCUCAGACAUUGUAUGCUGUAAUAGCAUUGAUUUUUUUUCA